AUGGAGACGCCGCUACCCAAAGCGACGCAAAAAAGGCAAGUGACUGCCAUUAUUAUUCUAUUACUAUUGUGGGAGGUGGGUGGUGAGGUCAUUAAGUAUUCCGUUCUAGAAGAGAGACACAGCGGCUCAUUUGUGGCCAACCUAGCAAAAGAUCUGGGGUUGGGCUUAGGAGAGCUGGCUUCGCGCGGCGCCCGGAUUCUUUCCAAAGGGAAUAAACAGCAUUUGCAGGUCGAGCACAAGAGUGGGAAUUUGCUCCUAAAAGAAAAACUGGACCGGGAAGAGUUGUGCGGUGACAUGGAUCCAUGUAUACUGCAUUUCCAGGUGUUACUGAAAAACCCGGUGCAGUUUAUUCAAGGUGAAUUACAGCUCCAAGACGUAAAUGACCAUGCCCCUGAGUUCCUGGAAAAUGAAAUCCUACUGAAAAUCUCAGAAAGUAGCCAUACAGGGACUGCAUUUCCUUUGAAAAUAGCUCAAGAUUUAGAUGUGGGCAGUAACACAGUUCAGAACUACACAAUUAGCACCAACUUCCAUUUCCAACUUUUCACUCGAAAUCGCAGCGACGGCAGGAAAUACCCGGAGCUGGUGCUGGCCAAAGAGCUGGACCGUGAGGAGCAGCCAGAGCUCAGGUUAACUCUCAUGGCGCUGGAUGGUGGGUCACCUCCAAAGACUGGGACUUCCCAGGUUCUCAUCAUGGUCCUGGACAUAAAUGACAACGCCCCUGAAUUUGCUCGGCAGCUCUACGAGGUGCAGGUCCCAGAGAACAGCCCUAGAGGCUCCCUUGUCAUCACUGUCUCUGCCAGAGAUUUGGAUGCUGGGACCCACGGAGAGCUCUCCUACUCAUUUUUCCAAUCAUCAAAUCAAGUCAUUCAGGCCUUUGAAAUCAACACAGUAACGGGGGAUAUUCGAUUAAAAAAAAUGUUGGAUUUUGAGGAAAUUCGAUCUUACCGUAUGGAAAUUGAGGCCUCAGACGGCGGGGGUCUUUCAGGAAAAUGCACUGUAGCCAUAGAAGUGACGGAUGUAAACGACAACGCCCCUGAAUUGACCAUGUCAUUGCUCAUGAAUGAUAUCCCAGAAAACACCCCUGACACUGUGGUCGCUAUUUUCGGAAUUUCAGAUCCAGACGCCGGGGACAAUGGCAAAAUGAUGUGUUACAUCCAAGACCAUCUCCCAUUCCUUCUGAAAAUUUCUGCAGAAAAUUUCUACACCUUGGUAACAGAAGGAGCGCUGGACAGAGAGAGCAGAGCCAAGUACAACAUCACCAUCACCGUCACAGAUAUGGGAACCCCCAGGCUGAAAACCGAGCACAACAUAACCGUGCUGGUGUCCGACGUCAACGACAACGCCCCCGCCUUCACCCAGACCUCCUACACCCUGUCCGUCCGCGAGAACAACAGCCCCGCCCUGCACAUCGGCAGCGUCCGCGCCACAGACAGAGACGCGGGCGCCAACGCCCAGGUCACCUACUCGCUGCUGCCGCCCCUCGACCCGCACGUGCCCCUGGCCUCCCUGGUAUCCAUCAACCCGGACAACGGCCACCUGUUCGCCCUGAGGUCCCUGGACUACGAGGCCCUGCGGGCGUUCGAGUUCCGCGUGGGCGCCGCCGACCGCGGCUCGCCCGCGCUCAGCAGCCAGGCGCUGGUGCGCGUGCUCGUGGCGGACGACAACGACAACGCGCCCUUCGUGCUGUACCCGCUGCAGAACGCCUCGGCGCCCUGCACCGAGCUGGUGCCCAGGGCGGCCGAGGCGGGCUACCUGGUGACCAAGGUGGUGGCGGUGGACGGCGACUCGGGCCAGAACGCCUGGCUGUCGUACCAGCUGCUCAAGGCCACGGAGCCCGGCCUCUUCGGCGUGUGGGCGCACAACGGCGAGGUGCGCACGGCCCGGCUGCUGAGCGAGCGCGACGCGGCCAAGCACAGGCUGCUGGUGCUGGUCAAGGACAACGGCGAGCCACCGCUCUCGGCCAGCGUCACGCUGCACGUGCUGCUGGUGGACGGCUUCUCGCAGCCCUACCUGCCGGCCCCGGAAGCGGAAGCGGCGGACGCGGCCCCGGCCGCCCCGCUCACCGUCUACCUGGUGGUGGCCUUGGCGUCCGUGUCGUCGCUCUUUGUCUUCUCGGUGCUGGUGUUCGUCGCGGUGUGGCUGUGCAGGAGGGGCGGGGCGGCCUCGGUGGGUCGCUGCUCGGUGCCUGAGGGGCCCUUUCCGGACCACCUAGUCGGCGUCAGCGGCACGGGGACCCUGUCCCAGAGCUACCAGUAUGAGGUGUGUCUGACGGGAGGCUCCGGGACCAGGGAGUUCAAGUGUCUGAAACCUCUUGUCCCCAACAUCAUGGGUGAAGGGGUUGGUACGGACACCGAGGAAAACUCGAACUUUAGAAACCACUUGGGGUUCAAUUAA